CCAUGUCUUGCUCAAAACUGUUUGUCGUGUUGUGUUUCUUUAACCAAAACUCGUUCUUUCUAAGAUUUUGUCUUUAAAUUCUCUUGUUUUUUAGUAUUUUUUUUCCAAAGCCAAUUACCCUUCUUUUCACCUUCUUUGAUUUUCUUCUAAAUUUCCCGUCUUUAUUUUAGAGAGAAAUAAAGGAAAAUGGAUAGUGCUACAAAGUUUGUGUAAGAGAGAGGAAAUGGCGGCGGUUUUUCCCGCCUGUAUUAUGGUAAUGGUCUUGGUUUUGGAGGCUGCGGUGGUUAUGGAUGGUUUUCCAGCGACUUUGAAUCUGGAGAGAAGGAUUCCUCUGGCGAGUCAGGAACUCGACCUGAGUCGACUCAGAGAACGUGAUAGAGUCAGGCAUGGAAGGUUGCUGCAGUCCUCCGUUGGUGUCGUGGAUUUUUCUCUUCAAGGCACAUAUGAUCCGUUUCUUGUUGGGCUAUAUUAUACCCAAUUACAAUUAGGUUCUCCUCCGAGGGAUUUCUAUGUACAGAUUGAUACUGGAAGUGAUGUUUUAUGGAUAGGUUGCAAUUCCUGCAAUGGUUGUCCUCAAUCUAGUGGACUUAAAAUUCAACUUACUUUGUAUGAUCCUAAAAGCUCAUCAACAUCUUCAUUAGUCUCAUGUUCAGACAAGAGAUGUAAAGCAGGUGUUCAAACAUCAGAUUCUAGCUGUUCAGGUCAGAGCAAUCAAUGCAGUUAUUCAUUUCAGUAUGGUGAUGGUAGCGGAACAUCGGGAUAUUAUGUAUCGGAUUUGUUGCAUUUUGAUACAAUACUUGACGGAUCUAUGACUGCUAACUCUACAGCUCCUAUUAUGUUUGGGUGUAGUACGGUACAGACUGGAGACUUGACAAAGUCAGACAGAGCGGUUGAUGGAAUCUUUGGGUUUGGGCAACAGAGUUUGUCUGUAAUCUCACAACUUUCAUCGCAGGGAAUAACACCUAGAGUGUUUUCCCACUGCUUAAAAGGAAAUAAUGGUGGUGGAGGUAUACUUGUUUUUGGAGAGAUUUUGGAGCCGAAUAUGGUUUACACUCCACUUGUCCCAUCACAGCCUCACUAUAAUCUUAAUCUGCUGAGCAUUUCUGUUGGCGGAAAAGUUUUAUCAAUUAACCCGUCAGUGUUUUCAACAUCAAACAACCAAGGAACAAUAGUUGAUUCUGGAACAACUUUGGCAUACCUAGCUGAUGAAGCUUAUGAUGCUUUUGUCAACGCUAUCACAAACACUGUUUCCCAAACUGCGAGCCCUUAUGUUUCCAACGGAAAUCAAUGCUACCAGAUGACCUCCAGUAUCACUGACAUAUUCCCUCAAGUUAGUCUGAACUUUGCCGGUGCAUCCAUGAUUUUAAAUCCUCAGGACUAUCUUGUACAGCAGAAUUCUAAUGGUGGUGUUACAGUUUGGUGCAUUGGCUUUCAGAAAAUUCAGGGUCAAAAGAUAACAAUUUUAGGAGAUCUUGUUUUAAAAGACAAAAUCGUUGUUUAUGAUCUGGUAAAUCAACGGAUUGGAUGGACCAACUAUGACUGUUCAAUGUCAGUCAAUGUCACUGCAAAAGUUAACACAGGAACUGAAUUUGUCGAUGCGGGGCAAAUGAGCAACGAUGGUUCAUCACGGUAUCAAUCACCGAGCAUGAUAGCUUUACUUCUACGUAUAAUUGUGCUUGCCGGUCUUCUAUUUUCAUAGCAUAUACUGCAAGGGCUCUGGAAAUAACAUUCUUGAUUUCAUUGUAUAUUUUCUCACCUGUUUGUGAUUUAUAGCAAUCUGCAGAACCAUGAUUUAUUAUUUGAUUUGCAGCCAGCUUGUGGCUGGCUGCUCAGUGUGCAAUACAAUUGUAGGUUAUUUUCAUGGCACUGUUUUUCUUUCGAGUGUGUCUUCAUCAGCCAUGAAAAAUUACAGAUUUUAGGGGUUUGCUUUAUUGGCAGUGGUGUAAAUUACAUUCGUAUACAGGAUCAUUUUUUACAGCAAAUUUCAUUUAUACAAAACCUUCUUGUAUUUGUUACUUAGCUUUUACUUUUAAUCUCAUAUC